GCAUCGGCUAGAUCGGCUAUUCCUCCCUGAAGUCGGACUUCCCCGACACGACGGCGAACGACAGGACUCUAAACAAAACAUUAUUGGUUUUACUGCUUUUUCCAAAAUGAUUGACACGGAAUUAAAAUGUCUGUGCUAGACGACUCUGAAAUAAGGCUAGAGAGACAAGAAAAUGAAGUAAAUGCUCUUAAGGCCAUAUUUGGUGAUGAAUUGGAAGAUCUACGAAACCCAUCUGAAAAUGAUGUUUGGCAGCCCCUUGAUUUUAUACUCAACCUCACUCCACAACAAGGAAGCUCCGGUGUCAAAGAAAUCCAUGCCCAAAUUCACCUUCAUGUAUCAUGCUGUCGUCUUUACCCGGAGAAAGUGCCAAAACUAGAGGUAAAGAAAAGCAAAGGCCUCUCUACAAGUGAUAUUUCUCAACUACAACAAGAGCUAGAAAUAUUAACUUCUAAGCUCAUUGGACAAGAGAUGGUUUUUGAAAUUGCACAGCAUGUACAGGGAUUUCUUCACAAACACAACAAACCCGGUUUCAAAUCAUUCCACGAAGAAAUGUUGCUUUUUCAACAACAGCAGGAACAACAACAGCAACAACUUAAUUCAAUACGCGAACAAAAAGAGAGGCAAGCAAUACAAGACGAGGUCCAUCGCAAGCAAGAGGCAUUACGUGCUGAAGGCCGCCAGAGAAGAGAAAGUCUUAGACUCAACCAAGACCCCUCCACUAACUACACUCAUGGUGACCACUUAGAACAGUCUGUGGAGACCAAACCUACUUUAUUCAAGGACUGUUAUAUAAAGACAACACAGGAUUAUGUUUCUGAUGAGGAAGACCCUGAAUCAGAAAUGCGCUUUAUUUCUCAUGAAUCAAAAAGCCAAUCUCGCAUUCUCAAUGAAUUUGAAAUGUUGAAAUUUCUUGGGAAGGGAGCAUUUGGUGAUGUUUUAAAAGUGCGUAACAAACUUGAUGGUAGGGUGUAUGCUAUUAAACGGAUUGAAUUAAACCCACGCAACCGCCAACUUAAUCGGCGUAUCACGAGAGAAGUAAAACUUCUUUCUCAGUUGAACCAUGAAAAUGUUGUUCGGUAUUACAAUUCGUGGAUUGAAAGUGCUACAAUGGAAGUAUCCUCGAGUGAAUCAUGUAGUGAAAAUUCACCAAUUCCUAAACAGUACCGUCCAGUGAAGGCUUUAAAAGAACUAGCUCCUGCUAUAAAGGGCAGUUUAGAGUGGAGUGUUUCUAGCACUGCCAUGCAGCCAAAUAUUGAGAGUGACUCAGAUAGUGAUGGUCCAAAUGAUGAUCACUGGUUGGGAUUUUUAUCUAUGCAGGAUUCAUCCGACAGCAUUGUCUUUGAAAAUGGCUCUCAGGCGUCUCCUGACAUAGAUAAAGUAGAACCAAACGGAAAAUUUUCAGAGGUUGAUUCUGACGAAUUGAAAAAUGUUCUUAGUCCUCUCCAACGAGAAAUUCAGUUUAUGUAUAUCCAGAUGGAGUUUUGUGAAAAAAGUACCCUAAGGACUGCAAUAGAUGAAGGCCUGUGUCGAGAUGAAACUCGAGUUUGGAGAUUAUUCAGAGAAAUAGUUGAAGGGCUGGCCCAUAUUCAUCAACAAGGAAUGAUUCAUCGAGAUCUGAAGCCAGUGAAUAUUUUCUUGGACUCUCAGGAUCACGUGAAAAUUGGUGAUUUUGGCCUUGCGACAAUGAGCAGCCUGCCAAGGGCAGCAACCAAAGAGAAGGAUGUGGUGGAUACCUGCCUCAUUGACCAAUUGUAUAUUAGCUCCGACAGGAAUGACACUGCUGAUCAGUCCCUCACUAGUCAUAUUGGUACAGCCUUGUAUGUCGCACCAGAAGUAAACAAUGCAUCAUCGAAAGCAAUGUACAAUCAGAAAGUAGAUAUUUAUAGUUUAGGUAUUAUAUUUUUUGAGAUGUGUUAUCCUCCUUUGCAAACCAGCAUGGAGCGUAUGACCAUCCUCCAAAACCUCCGCUCCAAGCAGAUCAUCUUCCCAGUGAAUUUUCCUUUGAGUGAUUUGGUAAAACAGGCUCAUGUUAUACGGUGGCUUCUUGAUCAUGAGCCGUCGCGAAGGCCAUCAUCUGAAGAGCUUUUGGCUUCAGAUUCCUUACCGCCUCCUGAACUUGAAGAUGCUGAGUUGCAAGAUAUGGUUCGUCAUACAUUAAGAAAUCCUCAAAGCAAAGCAUAUAAGUACCUUAUAGCUUCAUGCUUUAAACAAAAUGUUGGCGCAGCGGAAGAUGUUACAUUUGAUAUGGCUGUAACUCAAAAAGUUUUAAGUCUACAACGAUUUUUGGUUCUUCAAGAUAUGGCCAAAGGUGUAGUGGUCAGAGUUUUUAAGAAGCAUGGUGCUGUUAGCUUCACCACACCCCUUCUGAUGCCUCAAUGUGAUGUAUACUCUGAAGUAGAUUCUGUUGUUCGUCUUAUGACUCGAUGGGGUGGCAUUGUAAAUGUCCCCCAUGAUCUCAGAGUCAACUUUGCCCGUUAUGUUGCCUGGAAUAAUAUAUUAUGCUUGAAACGUUAUGCCAUUCAAAGAGUCUACCGAGAAAAGAGAGUGUAUGGCUUCCAUCCUAGAGAACUGUAUGAGUGUGCUUUUGAUAUUGUUACUCCUAAUCCAGGGAGUUUGUUGUUGGAUGCUGAACUAUUAGCUGUGUCUUGGGAAGUGGUAUCUGAACUUCCUGGCUUGAAAGAUCUUGCUUGUGCAUUUCGUCUCAACCACACUGCUCUGGUCAAAGCUGCUCUGCUCCAUGCUGGUAUCAGUGAAAAUCGCCAUGUUAAGAUUCUUUCAGUCUGUAGUGAGGAUAAAAAUAAUUUGAAACAACAAUUGCAAGGAAUGCUCUCCGAGGCAGAAAUUGUCUCUUUAUUUGGAUUGCUGGAGGUAGAAGGUCCAUUUUCUAAAGUCUCUGCAUCAUUUCGUGUGAUAAGUAAGCGAAGAGGAGCAGCAGCAUCCUGGGCAAAACAGGGCCUUCAUGAUCUUGAAACCACUAUCAAUCAUGCCCAGAAGUUAGGCAUCAAGUGCCCUAUAUUAAUUAGUCCAGUACUUGUUCGGAACAUAAAUCUGUAUUCUGGUGUCAUGUGUCAGUUGGUUUGUGAAAACAAGAAUAAACACAGGCAUGGAGGGGUUGAGGUGAUUGCAGCUGGAGGAAGAUACGACGGUAUGAUUUCCUCCUUCAGACAAGCCCUUGAUCGAAGUGGUAUGUUGCGCCCGGGGACAUGUCAGUCUGCUGUUGGUGUUAGCAUCUGUAUGGAUAAAGUUGUCACACUUCUUCACGACAGUGGUGAAACAGUUCAUGCUGCGGAUGUUGUUCUUUGCUUCUCUGGGAAUCUAACAGCUUCUGAGGCUGCUCUGGUUGCCAAAGACCUCUGGGGUGCUGGAAUAAAAUGUUUGUUACUUGACAAUACGGAGCAGGAUAUAGAGGAGUAUUGUCAAGAAAUGGAAGUUCCUCUGAUGAUUAUGCUAAAAGAGGGAGACACAAAUUCACUUCAUGUUAGAAGUUGGGAGAAAGAUAGACUGCAGGAAAAGAAAGUCCUUCGCUCUGAAUUGGUUGAAUAUCUCCAAAGAGCUCUUCGUUCUUCAAGAGAUCAGAUUGAGGGAGUGGGAUCUGCUCAAUCUUUGCAAAGGCAAGAAAGUAAGACUCAAGCUGGUGGGGACUCCCACUCUUUUGCACAUAAUCAUGCACAUUCCCACCGGCAUUCUCAUUCAUCAGAAACACAUGUUCAUCAACACCACCCAAUGAUGAAUAUUAAUUUUCUAAGCUCAGAAAGAAUGGCAGCUAGUUCUAGAAAGCGAUAUCAAACACAGAUUUUCAGCCAUUCUCUCAGAGUUUUACAGAAACUAGAAGUUGGAGCACCUAUUGAGGUUCUAGCUGUUGGUGCACUAGAUGGAGCAGCUGUGUGUUCCUUGGCUGGAUUGCUUGAUUUGGAAAGUGAGCAAGAGUUUAAGGAGAGUUGCAAAGUCGCAAGUGAAAAGUUGCCAAGGAACAAAAAGAUAACAACUGAAGUUUUAGAUGAAAUCUAUGACUUACGUUUUGAGAAAAAUGCUCCUGUGAUAAUGUUGUAUAGCCUUCCUGAUAACAAAUUUCGCCUUUUAGUUUGAGUUACACAAACCAAGACUUUGCUUUCAGCCCUUUGUUUCUCUCAUAUGAACAUCUCAAAGAGAGGCACUUGUAACUAGCCUAGACUUUGCCAAGUGUUUUUUUUUUUUUUUUUUUCAAGCUUGAAUCAAGCAUCCUGUUGAUAAUUUUGAUUACUAUUCUUUUAUACUGUAUUUUAUUUCUUAAUAUGUUUAAGUACGAAUUCUGACUGAUGCAAGUGACUGCAACAAAAAAUGAGUUCUACCAAUUUGUUCCUCUUAUUUAACAGUUUAACUGAGGAUAUUUUUGCUUUUACUUUGUGAGUGGGUCUAGGUGGAAAGAACCAAAGACAUUUGUGAAGUGCCUGUCGAUAGGUAUUAUUAUAAUGUGUUAUAUAUUUCAUAUAUACAUCAACAAGUUCAAAUUAAUCAAAUAAAAGUGGAACAUAAAGGGAAUGAUUUGUAUAUAAACAUGAAUAAAUAUGAAUGAAAUAUUUUUCUAUGAAA